AUGUCGGCCCCCGAGAUCCCAACCGAGCAGUGGGCUCAGGUCAUUGAGAAGACCGGUGGACCUGCCAUCUACAAGAAAAUCCCCGUCCAGAAGCCUGCUUCCGAUGAAGUUUUGAUCAACAUCAAGUACUCCGGCGUCUGCCAUACCGACCUGCACGCCAUGAUGGGCGACUGGCCCCUGGCCACCAAACUCCCGCUAGUUGGCGGCCAUGAGGGUGCUGGUGUUGUCGUUGCUCGGGGUGAGCUUGUCAAGGAUGUCGAGAUUGGCGACUACGCCGGCGUCAAGUGGCUGAACGGCUCUUGCCUUGCCUGCACCUUCUGCCAGGACGCCGACGAACCCCUCUGCCCCCACGCCCUCCUGUCCGGCUACACGGUCGACGGCAGCUUCCAGCAGUACGCCAUCGCCAAGGCGGCCCACGUCGCCCGCAUCCCCAAGGACGUCAGCCUCGAGGCCGUCGCCCCCGUCCUCUGCGCCGGCAUCACUGUCUACAAGGGACUCAAGGAGUCCGGAGUCCGCGCCGGCCAGUGGGUUGCCAUCGUCGGUGCUGGCGGCGGCCUCGGCUCGCUGGCCCUCCAGUACGCCAAGGCCAUGGGAAUCCACACCGUCGCCAUCGACGGCGGCGCUGAGAAGGGCGAGAUGUGCAGGAAGCUCGGUGCCACAGAGUUCGUCGACUUCACCACCUCGACUGACCUCGUUGAGGAUGUCAAGAAGGCCACCCCCGAGGGCCUCGGCCCCCACGCCGUCAUCCUCCUCGCCGUCAGCGAGAAGCCCUUCCAGCAAGCCACCCAGUACGUCCGCGCCCGCGGCACCGUCGUCUGCAUCGGCCUGCCCGCCAACGCCUACCUGCGCGCCCCCGUCUUCGACACUGUCAUCCGCAUGAUCACCAUCAAGGGCAGCUACGUCGGCAACCGCAAAGACACUGCCGAGGCCCUCGAGUUCUUCCGCCGCGGCCUGAUUAACGCCCCCUUCAAGACCGUUGGUCUGAGCCAGCUCAACGAGGUCUUUGACAUGAUGAAGAAGGGUCAGAUCGCUGGCCGUUACGUCGUCGACACCAGCAAAUAA